CGCCCAAAAAUCCUCCCAAACAAGGCCACCCCCACCUCCCUCCCCCUACCCUCAUAUUUCCUUUAUUAUUUUCUCUGCACUUCACAUAUCUCACUCACACAAAAUCAUCCACAGCUAUGGCUGCAUCAACCGCCGCAACAGCCACAUUCGCCGCCGCUAAGCUUCUCGCUUCCUCCUCCCCCAAACUCAAACAACCCUUUUCUCUUCUCUCCCCCCACAAAAAACCCACCACCCUCUUCUCCUCUUCUUUCGCCGCUGCUCCCCUCCGCCGCCCUCAACCCCUCAGAUUCUCCACCCUUCCCAAAAUCUCGGCCAUCAUCUCAGUCGGGGACAAGCUCCCGGACGCCACCCUCUCUUACUUCGACUCCUCCGACGAGCUAAAAACUAUCUCGGUCUCCGAGCUUACCUCCAACAAAAAGACCAUUCUCUUCGCCGUCCCUGGCGCGUUCACUCCCACCUGUUCGCAGAAACAUCUCCCGGGUUUUGUCGAGAAAGCCGCUGAGUUUAAGGCCAAGGGGGUUGAUGCCAUUGCCUGUAUUUCGGUCAACGAUGCGUUCGUGAUGAAGGCGUGGAAGGAGAAUUUGAAGGUGGGGGAUGAGGUUUUGUUGUUGAGCGAUGGAAAUGGUGAUUUCACCAGGGCAAUUGGGUGCGAACUGGACUUGAGUGAUAAGCCGGUGGGUCUGGGAGUGAGGUCGAGGAGGUAUGCGAUGUAUGUCGAAGAUGGGGUUGUCAAAAUCUUGAAUUUGGAGGAGGGCGGUGCUUUCAAUGUUAGCAGCGCCGAGGACAUGCUCAAGGCCAUUUGAGAGUGUUAGUUCUGUCUCUUUCUUUCUGUUCACUUUUGAAAUUGAGGCAUCUGGUUGUUUGAUUGAGAUGAGUUGUCUUUCCCUUGUUUUCUUUCCAGUCUUUUCAUCAAAUGUAGGUUACAUGAAAUGGAACUAUGUGUUGCAAUAAAGUGGGAACUGGAUGUGAUCACUGGGGUUGAAUUUUGAGAAGUGGGUGUUAAUUGUGCGCUGUAAAUGCAUAUUUUGCUCUAUGUGGUUUAAGUUACAGUUUGAUUCUUGAACUCA